CUCUCGCGUUCCUCUCUCAUCCCGGGCGCGCGCUGUUGGUGCGCGUGCGUGCGCGUGUGGGUGUGUGCGCGCGGGGCUCCACGUGACACCUUCUCCCGCGAUUGAAAUCGGCGUGGGAAAAGUUUUAUUUUCGAAUAGAUAAGAAAUUCACCAUCGUCGUCACCGUCAUCGUCUACGAUAGCGUCAUCGAUAGCGUCAUCGAUAGCAUCUACACCAGCAUCAUCUUCUUUCGGGACAUCUACAAAUAAUAACAUCGACAUCAUCUGCAUCGUCUGCUCAAACGAACAUCCUCAUCUUCAUACAUAUUAAUAUCGAGCGUAUUUAGAAUGCCAUAUACUUCAGUAGCAACAUCGACAUCAUCUGCACUUAAUCGCAUCGACGUAUGUAUCGCAACGUCUACAUCAUCUACAUAAUCUGCAAAUACCAUCGACAUCAUCGACAUAAAACAUCGACACAGUCUACGUCGUCUCCAUUAAACUAGUAGCCACAUCAUCUACAAACAUAAUCGAUGCGACACAGAACAUCUAUAAGCCCAUAUACAUAAACGUAAUCUGCAUACCACCAGCAUCACCAUUCCCAACAUCUGUAACAACAUAAUUUCCGAUUGAUGUUGAGAUCAUUAAAUUCAAAGGCCAUCUGCAACACCAUCAUCAUCAUCGUCGACAUCAUCUACAACAUCGUCUCCGGCAACAUCACCAACCUCGACAUCUACAGCAGCAGCAACUACAUCAACGUCUGCAACAUCUAGAUCAGCGACAAAAGCAACUCCAUCGCCAUCAAUAUCAUCAGCAGCAACGAUGGAACAAUCAAUAUGAAGUUCAUAGACACACUGUAAGCACAUCGACAAUGUGCUGCGGUCGUGUGUGUGCCUGUACAAGUUUCACUGUUGUCAAUUGACAAGAUGAUUUGUCAUCACGAUCGACUUCCCGGGAUAUAAUUUAUUACAUCCACUCCGGAUCGCCAGGAGAUCUUCCUCGAGCCGACCGCCAGAGAGAGAGAGAGCAACGAUUGCCAUGGUGGUGAUCUUACACGCGUUGUUAUCCUGCCGAGAACGACGGUGAUGGUGAUGAUGAUCAAGAAGAUGAUGGGGGUGAUGAUAGUGGUGGUGGUGCCGAAGACUUCGGAGGUGAUGAUGGCGAUGCCAUAGAUCCAGAAGACAGCGUGGACGAUCACCUCCAGAGUUGUCAACCUUCCAUCCUUCGAGUUAUCCAUCCGUCUAUCCAUUAGUCCAUCUACCAAUAACUGCAUGCACCUGUUCAGUCUACUCGAUCGUAUGUUCGUCCAUCCUUCCUUCAAGCUAGCCACCCAUCGACCUAUUCACGCGUCCGUAUAGUCGCCAUCUAUUUAUCUAGUCAUCCAAUCGUCUAUGCGUCCACCUAUUCACCCGACCAACGGCUCACGUAUCGGCGUAUAUAUAUGCAGCAUAUCCGUUCAUCUAUUGACACACCCAUAGAUUCACUCACCCAUCCAUCUAUUCAUUCGAUAAGCACAGCGUCGAUUAAACUAUUCACCCAUCGAACUAUUCGUUCCUCUAUUCGGCCGCCAGUAUUUCCCUGGACACACUAGCGUGUCCACCCCAUCCGUUAGGUCGCCUAUAUCCACCACUACUACAUCUAUCAACCACUCAUCAAUUCGUCUCCGAAACAACUCAACCCCGUCCGUUCGCCCAUCCGAUCACCAACUUCGCGCGUCAACUCAUUCAAUCGCCUAUCCAUCGAUCCAUCUAUUUGCCUGCCUAUUCGAUCACCUCACACCAACACCACCACCAGCUCCUUCCACUCUCAUCGGUAGCAGGGUUGCAGAAGUCAUUGCUCGGCUCGUCGCCCGCCGGCCCCCGCCCGCGAUGGCUUCUCUGGCCGCACUGUGUGUCCUCUGUGGCGCGUUGUGGUCCUCGGUGGGCCUCGCGUCGGCCAAGGGCACGUUCCAGCCCCUGGGAUACAACCUCUACUCGUGGGGCUCCGGGCCCUCGCACCCUCCCGGAGUUGGAUUCCGGCCCCACAACAAACACAAGAACUGGUGCGCCUUCGUGGUGACCAAGAGUGUGACGUGCGUCAUACAAAAUGGCAGCGAUGCCCACGUGAAGGCCGAGUACCAGCCCUGUUCGUGGGGACUCUCCAAGUGCUCGCGAACUCUCACGUACCGCGUGUACCAGCGGCCCGCGUACCGCGUGGGCUACAAGUCGGUGACCGAACUCGAGUGGCGCUGCUGCCCUGGCUACCACGGGGUCAACUGCCAGGACGAGACGGGCGGCCCCGGGGUGGCCACCGGUGGGCUGCCCAGCGGGGUGCCCGGUGGGGGUACUGGAGGUGGACCCAGUGGGCACACCGAUGAGGUCCCGGGGGGCUCCGUGGACGGGGUGCCCGGAGGGCCGCACGCAGGCGAUGGAGGGGGACGCCAAGUUCCCAGCCAGAAGAUCGACGGACCUGGCGGCAGGGCCCCGCCCGACCUGCUGGGCGAGCGCGUGUCCCGGCUGGAGGAGGACAACCGGCGCCUCGCCUCGUCGCUCGAGACGCUGCGAGUCUCCCUGGCCGGCAUGGCCGAUCGCCUCCGUGCGGCCGCACAGGAGGACGCGAGCCGCCUGCUGCUGGGCCUGCUGGAGAGCGGCGCCAACACGCGCCUGCCCGAAGGCACGGCGAUCCGGGAUCCCGAAGGACUCCUGCCCGACCUGCGCGCCGCCGGCCUUCGGCUGGGGCCCAACGGUCAGCUGGUGGCGCCGGGCCUCCAGGAGGUGGCCUCGAAGGUCACGCAGGUGACCGACGUGCUCAAGACGAAGAGCGAGGCUCUGGACGAGCUGCAGGGCCUGGUGCUGGACCACACGCACAAAAUCCAGCAGCUCAUGGACAUCAGCAGGAACGGCGCCGACUCGGCGGCGGGCCACGACCUCUCGUCCAUCGACGCGCACCUCCAGAAGCGCAUCGACGACGCCAGGGCGCAGAUCCUGUCGGGCGUCGAGCAGAAGACGUCGGCGCUCAAGUGCAGCUGCGACACGCAGCUGGUGGUGCUGCAGCAGCAGCAGGAGGAGCAGCGCGACCAGCGCGUGCAGGACGCCCUCGACGGAUUCACGGGCCAGCUGGAGAGCCUCCGAGCGCGCCUCGACGCGCCCACCGGCCCGGUCGGCGACCCCUCCGCCGGCGGCACCGGCGGCUCGGACGUCGGCGGCGACUGCUGCCGGGACCUCGCGUCUCGCCUCGGCGGGCUCGAGUCGCGAGUGUCGCUCGUGGGCGACGCUCACGAGACGCUGAACGCUCGCCUCGACAGCGAGGUGGAGCGCCUGGGCGGCGUGGCGGGCGGCGCCCUGCCCGAGGACGUGGACGCUCUGCUCCGGGAGCGCUUCGAAGACCUGGAGGCGCGCAUCAACGCGAGCGAGAAGAACGCCGAGGUGCACUGCCAGUACGUGCAGGACGUGCUGCGGGGACAGCUCGCGGCCGACAUCGACGGCAUCCAGACGGGCCUCGACAGCAAGCUGCAGGGCUUCGAGGACAAGUUCGUGAACAUCAUCACGGAGAUCGGCGGCCAGGGAGGAGGAGGAGGAGGCGACGGGGCAGAUGGCGCGGGUCUCCUGGGCGCCGAGCUGGGCGACCUGCGGGCCCUCCUCGCCGGGUUCGCGGCGAACUCGUCGGGCGCGGCAGCUCACCUCGACGGCAUCGAGGGGCGCCUGCGGGAGCUGGAGGAGGUGUGCAGUACCAAGUGCGUGGUGAGCGAGCCCGAGCUGGAGGGCAUCAGGGCGGGCAUCGCCGACUGCGGCGCCAAGCACGAGCUGACGCUGCUGCGCCUGGAGCGGCAGAGCCACGCGCUGCGCCUCGUCAACCGCAGCGUCCACGAGCUGCAGGCCCGGCGGCCCGACGGGGCAGGAGGAGGGGGAGGAGAAGGGGGAGGAGGAGACGGGGACGUGGGCUCCCUGCAGGGCGAGCUCACCAUCCUCAAGGUGAACUUCAACGCCUUCAACCGCACGCUCAAGGGGCUGCGCGACGCGGCCGCACGGCGCGAGCACGACGAGCGGCUGUCCGAGACGUCGUCCUCGUCGUCGACGACGACGACGGUGCUGGAGGAGAGCGAGCGGCAGCUCGUGCACGAGGUGGCGCAGAUGCAGCGGCUGCUCAGCGACCACGGCUCGCGCAUCUCGCUCGGGGACCGACGCGCCCGUGGCCUCCGCGCCGAGCUGGGGAAGCUCGCGGGGCAGAUCGUGGCGGAGGUCGGGCGGUGCAAGCUGUCGGCCAAGGCCGCGCACGAGGAGGUGCACGGCUUCGACGGGCGCGUGGCGCACGUGGAGGACGCCUGCUCCAGGCUGCACGCCUUCUCACAGAGCCUGGACCGCGUGCGCGACGCCACGGAGCGCGCCGCGCACGACGCCCGCUCCGACAUCGCCCGCCUCGAGCGCGCCGCCGCCUCGCAGCAGCGCGACGUCGCCGAGCUCAAGGGGGCCAUCGACGGCGUGGAGGGCCGCCUCCGUGAGGUGGCGGCCGCGUCGGCCGCGGCGAAGUCGGCGUCGUCGCUUGCGCCCGGGGCCCCGUUCGGGGCGCUUGCUCCCCACUCCCCCAAGGCCGCCGCCUUCUCCGUGGCGCUCUCUGCGCGCUCCGCGGGAGACGUCGUGAGGUUCGACCGCCUCCUCCUCAACGACGGAGACAACUACGAGCCCACGACAGGCAUCUUCCGCGUGCCCUACACGGGCCGCUACCUCGUGAGCGUCGCCCUCCCGGCUCGCACCGGGCCCUCGACGUCGCGCGUGACCCUCGUGGUGUCCGGCGAACCCGUGGGGCAGAUCUCAACGGCGGGGGAAGGAGGAGGGCCGUGGCUCAACCUCGGCGGGGAGGAGGAGGGGGAGCAGGAGGCAGUCGCGUCCUCCUCCUCCUCUUUCCUGGCGGUGCUGGGUCUCAACGCGGGCGACACUCUCUACGUGGCCAGCUCGCUUGGGCAGGUGGGGCGUGGCGCGACGUUCAGCGCCGCGAUGCUGUACGAGACGCAGGAGGGGACGCUGUGAGCGCGCGCGGUGUGACCGCGUGCUGGUGCGUGUGUGUGUGUGCGUGUGUGGAUGUGUGUGUGCGUGUGUGUGUGGAUGUGUGUGUGGAUGUGUGUUUGUGGAUGUGUGUGUGCGUGUGUGU